GACUUUUUAUGGGUGAGGGAGCCUCCGGUAAGACGCUCCUCCAGCGAUGCUAACCUACUGCAACAAGCCCAGGAGCGCUGCUGAACACAGCUGUAGUCCUGAGCCGCUUUGAACCAUUCGUUCUGUCCUGCAGCAAACACCGCAUUUCAGAGGAGCCCACGGACUCCACCGAGUGACGUCACACGUCGCUUAGCGACUUGGUUUGUAAAGAUGACGCUAGCGGGGAAGCUAUCUGAUGGCUAACGUUUAAACUAAUGGCACUGGACAGCAGGGAGCUAACUAAGUCAGCGUUGAUUAACUUUGGUAGGAGCAGAACACAAACUCAUUUUAUUCGCCAUUAUAAGUGGAUCUGAGACGUUUCGCGGUUGAACGGAUACCUGCGAUGAUCCCUGCGGCCGUUUGAUGGGACUUUCAAGGACCGCGAUGCCGGCUAAAGUGCAGCUUUUGGCUGUUCUGGCGUUUGCUCUGGCGAUGCUCUUUAUAGAGAACCAGAUCCAGAGCCUGGAGGAGUCGAGAGCCAAACUCGAACUAACCAUCGCCAGACACGAGGUGGCAGAGGUGGAGCAGCGCCACAGUGAGGGUGCUGGGCGGGAGUCGGGGCCGCGGGCAGAGAAGGACGACGCGGUCGUCAUCUACAACCGAGUGCCCAAGACGGCCAGCACGUCCUUCACCAACAUCGCCUACGACCUGUGCGGGAAGAAUGGCUUCCACGUACUGCACAUCAACACCACCAAAAACAAUCCCGUCAUGUCUCUGCAAGACCAGGUGCGCUUUGUCAGGAAUGUCACCUCGUGGAAGGAGAUGAAGCCCGGCUUCUACCACGGCCAUGUAGCUUAUCUGGACUUCUCAAAAUAUGGGGCUGCGGGUAAGCCCAUGUACAUAAAUGUGGUGCGGGACCCCAUAGAGCGUCUGGUGUCGUACUACUACUUCUUACGCUUUGGAGACGACUACAGACCUGCUCUACGACGACGCAAACAAGGGGACAAAAAGACCUUCGAUGAGUGUGUGUCAUCCGGCGGGCCCGACUGCGCUCCUGAUAAACUCUGGCUCCAGAUCCCCUUUUUCUGCGGCCACCAUCCAGAGUGCUGGGCCGCCGGCAGCAGAUGGGCCCUGCAGCAGGCCAAGUACAACCUGCUGAACCAGUACCUGCUGGUCGGAGUCACUGAGGAGCUGGAGGACUUCGUCAUGAUCCUGGAGGCGGCGCUGCCACGCUUCUUCAGAGGGGCCACAGAGCUCUACAGAACAGGAAAGAAGUCCCAUCUGCGGAAGACCACGGACAAAAAGCCCCCCACCAAAGAGACAAUCACCAAGCUGCAGCGGUCCGACAUCUGGAAAAUGGAAAAUGAGUUUUACGAGUUUGCACUGGAGCAGUUUCAGUUUGCGCGCGCCCACGCCGUCAGGGAAAAAGAUGGCGAACUUGAAGUCCUGGCUCAAAGCUUCUUCUAUGAAAAGAUCUACCCCAAAGCGAACUAAGAAGAGCUAGCCAGGGAAGAGAGACAACUGGAAGUCACCUACACUGGGAGGAAGUGCAUCGAUUGUGUUGCGUGUGAAUGAGUUUUCAGUUCUCAGGCUGCACAGUGGACUCCGUCAAGAAUGUCUCACGUUCUUCUUUUUAUUGCGGGAGCGGCUGUUGAGAGAACUUAACAUGCGUAUAAACAGUCGGCCUGAGCGGUGUGAAAGAAUUUGGACCCAGAUCAGGGUGAAACGAGGGCUGGGUGUGAGACAUCUCAAAGCUGCAGAUGAGAUAAAAGCCUCAAACGUGAAUUUUAAAACCGUAGUUUACAGUGUUUUUCUGUGGUAUUGUUUUUUUUUUUUAGGGGCACAAAUUGUGUACAUGCUGUGGUAUUAUGUAGGCAACAGGACUUUGGACCAAUGAGUAGCAAAAGAAAAGAGAUGCAUCCGCUGCAUCCUCUGGUGCGUGACAAGUAUAUUUUGUAUCCCUCUGCGAUGUUUAGUAUGGAAUCACUGAGACAGUGACCUGCAACUUUUGAUAUAACUCGUAGCGGCUGUUAGGUCAAAGCAUCCUAUUACACGGAUACCUCAGGGUUCCCCGGAGCUUUGGGAGGUCACAGGGACAGGUGGAGGUAGACAUGAAAGUGCCUUUAUUAUAACAUUACCGUCUUUUUUCACUUUCAUUUGAACGUUUGAUCCCACAAUCAUGUUGUCUCUUUGUUUGUUGUGCGUAUUCACAUUAAUUGCUGUGUUUCUGUUUCACACCCCAUUAACAAUUUAAAGAUAACUACUCUACUGCAACUCGCCUGGCUCAUUUCAUCCUUACGGUUUUCCCUUCUGGUGCACUAUGUGUGUGUACUUCUGUCGUGACACAGACUGAGGGAGUAGCUCUGGUCCCAUGAAAAGUUAUUGCUGAUUUAAAACUUUAACCCCUGUGUAUGAAUAAAGCACCUGACCUCAAUGUGAGGACGAUCAA